UAGAUCGUGUCAAAUUUGACAUUUUGGUUGUGUUUGUGAUUGUGAUUGAUAGAAAAAAUGCUUUAGUUAAUUUUAAAAGAAAUAUAAGUUAAAGCAGAUCAAGCCACCGUAAUCUUUACAAAAAAUGGUUUCAAGUGAUAUCAUAAAGUUAACAGAAGAUUUAGAAAAGCAAGAGUUGGAAGCUCAAAAUGGUAUAGCAACACCUCAGGUUUAUGAACAACUAUUAGCCAUUUAUUUAUAUGAAAACGAUCUAUGUAACGCAAAAUAUUUAUGGAAAAGAAUACCAGCGUCAGUCAAGGCUUCGACUCCUGAAUUAACAAAUGUUUGGACUGUAGCUCAGAAUAUGUGGAAAAGAGAUUUUCCGGGAAUUUAUAAAGCCUUGAAUUCUGUAACAUGGUCAGAUUCUGUAGCUAAUAUUAUGAAACAAGUUCAAGAUAGAGUGAGGAGUAGAUCUGUAGAUUUAAUAGCACAAGCAUAUUCUUCAAUAACAUUAGAUACUGUGUCAGCAAUGACUGGUUUACCACCAGAUAUUUGUGCUGCUGCAUGUGUAGAACGAGGCUGGCAAGUGGAAGCAGACACUCGAAUGGUUCAUCCUGUUAGACCUAUUUCAGAAACAUCUGGCCAAACAAGCAGUGAAGAUCAGUUAUACAAACUGACAGACUUUGUAUCAUUUCUUGAAAAUUAAAUUGUAUUUUUGUCUUUAUAAAUUAAUUUUAAGAAAAUAUAAAUAUUUCAGAAUCAA